CAGGUUUGCCAAGUCAUGGAGCCCAAUCAGAACAACUGGCUUCGGACUAACUGGAUAGAGAAGGGCAAUGCCCAGAGAAUUUUUGUGGAACUGAAGUUCACCUUGAGGGAUUGUAACAGCCUACCUGGUGUGGUGGGCACUUGCAAGGAGACGUUCAACUUGUAUUACCAGGAAACAGAUUCUGAGGUGGGCAGGAGCUUGCGGGAGAACCAGUACGUGAAAAUUGACACGAUCGCCGCAGAUGAAAGCUUCACCCAGGGCGACCUGGGCGAGAGGAAGAUGAAGCUGAAUACAGAAGUACGCAUAAUUGGCCCCCUGUCCAGGCGUGGCUUCUACCUGGCCUUCCAGGAUGUAGGGGCGUGUAUCGCCCUGGUCUCUGUCAAAGUUUAUUACAAGAAGUGCUGGUCUAUCAUUGAGAACCUGGCCACGUUCCCAGACACCGUGACGGGAUCAGAGUUCUCCUCGCUGGUGGAGGUCGAGGGCAUGUGCGUGAGCGAUGCCGAGGAGGAGGCCGACAACUCUCCCAAGAUGCACUGCAGCGCUGAAGGGGAAUGGCUGGUGCCCAUUGGGAAAUGUAUAUGCAAAGCUGGAUUUCAUCAGAAAGGAGACGCGUGUGAACCAUGCGGUCGUGGUUUCUACAAGUCUUCCUCCCAGGACCUCCAGUGCUCUCGUUGUCCGGCACACAGCUUCAACGACCGUGAGGGCUCCUGGCGCUGCGACUGCGAGGACGGCUACUACCGAGCGCUCUCUGACCCUCCGUCUGUGGCCUGCACAAGACCUCCCUCAGCGCCACAGAACCUGGUCUACAACAUCAACCAGACCACCGUUAGCCUGGAGUGGAGCCCGCCAGCUGACACGGGUGGCCGCAACGACGUCACCUACAGGGUUAUAUGCCGGCGUUGCAGCUGGGAACCUGAGGAGUGUGUUCCAUGUGGGCCGAAUGUGGGAUAUUCUCCUGCUCAGUCAGGAUUAGUGGACUCUUACGUCACCAUCGUGGACCUGCUCGCCCAUGCCAACUACACUUUUGAGGUGGAGGCUGUUAAUGGGGUGUCAGACCUGAGCCGCACGCAGAGGCUGUUUGCGGCGGUUAGCAUCGCCACUGGUCAAGCAGCUCCGUCCCAGGUCAGCGAGGUCAUCAAGGAGAAGGUCCAGCAGCGCAGCAUCCAGCUCUCCUGGCAGGAGCCCCACCAACCCAACGGCGUCAUCACGGAAUAUGAAAUCAAAUACUAUGAAAAAGAUCAGAAGGACCGUAUCUACUCCACGGUGAGGUCCAAGUCCACAUCUGCCACAGUGAACAACCUGAAGCCCAGCACAGCCUACGUGUUCCAGAUCAGGGCCUUCACAGAGGCAGGAUACGGCACCUACGGCCCCAGAUUAGAGAUAACCACCAAGGAAGAGGCCACAGCUGCGAUUGUCUCCAGCGAGCAGAACCCCGUCAUCAUCAUCGCGGUGGUGGCCGUGGCGGGGACCAUCAUCCUGGUGUUCAUGGUGUUCGGCUUCAUCAUCGGGAGAAGGUACGCUCUCGCGGGCCCCAUUGACUCUCCGCUCCUGCACUGCGGGUACAGCAAAGCCGAUCAGGAGGGAGACGAGGAGCUCUACUUCCAGUUUAAAUUUCCAGGCACCAAAACCUACAUUGACCCUGAAACCUACGAGGACCCAAACAGGGCUGUCCAUCAAUUUGCCAAGGAGCUGGACGCCUCCUGCAUUAAAAUUGAGCGGGUUAUUGGAGCAGGAGAGUUUGGGGAGGUGUGCAGCGGGCGGCUCAAGCUGCCUGGAAAGCGGGACGUGUCGGUCGCCAUCAAGACAUUAAAAGUGGGCUACACGGAGAAGCAGAGGCGGGACUUCCUGUGCGAAGCCAGCAUUAUGGGACAGUUCGACCAUCCUAAUGUGGUUCACCUGGAGGGGGUCGUGACGAGAGGAAAACCAGUGAUGAUUGUCAUUGAGUACAUGGAGAACGGCUCAUUAGAUGCUUUCCUCAGGAAACACGAUGGUCAGUUCACAGUCAUCCAGUUGGUGGGGAUGCUGCGGGGCAUCGCGGCAGGAAUGAGAUAUCUCUCUGAUAUGGGAUACGUCCAUCGAGAUCUGGCCGCACGAAACAUCCUUGUCAACAGCAAUCUCGUAUGUAAAGUGUCUGACUUCGGCCUGUCAAGGGUGAUAGACGACGAUCCUGAGGCUGUCUACACAACAACUGGUCCCUUAUUGGAAAGUGGUGCCAGUUUAUGUUUCUGUGUUUUUUGUCCAUUGAUAAUGAGUUUGAUCUUAACUCCAGCCACUGUCCCGCAUUUUACCGAACAGGGUGGCAAAAUACCCGUCCGAUGGACCGCGCCAGAAGCCAUACAGUAUCGGAAAUUCACCUCUGCGAGUGACGUGUGGAGUUAUGGCAUUGUCAUGUGGGAGGUCAUGUCCUAUGGGGAGCGGCCUUACUGGGAUAUGUCCAAUCAAGAUGUCAUAAAGGCAAUAGAGGAGGGCUACCGUCUUCCAGCUCCGAUGGACUGUCCGCCAGGCCUGCAUCAGCUAAUGCUGGACUGCUGGCAGAAAGACAGAGCCGAACGUCCCAAAUUUGACCAGAUAGUUGGCAUCCUUGACAAGAUGAUCCGCAACCCGAACACCUUGAAAACCCCAGUGGGAACAUGUACAAGACCAAUUAGUCCACUGUUAGAUCAGAGCACACCAGACUUCACUGCUUUCCGCUCAGUGGGAGAGUGGCUGGAAGCCAUCAAGAUGGAGCGAUACAGAGACAACUUCACAGCAGCCGGCUACAGUUCUCUGGAAUCUGUGGCCAGGAUGUCGAUCGAGGACGUGAUGAGCUUGGGGAUCACGCUGGUGGGCCAUCAGAAAAAGAUCAUGAGCAGCAUACAGACUAUGAGAGCCCAGAUGCUGCAUCUCCACGGCACGGGUGUCCAGGUGUGACGGACUGCGACCGGCCGCAUCGGACAGGUCGAAAACAAAAACAGAACUUAUCUGGAACAGUGCCUGGGGCGUAACUGGGAUAAUCGUCAAAGUAAACGGACAUCUGUUAUGUCUGACUCUUCCGGCUGUGUCUGGAGUGAAAUCAUUCCUUUGUUCCUCAGUGAAGGAUUGUGGUCCGCCUCUUCGAAGGGCACUAAAGAGAGGAAAAGGGCAAAAAACAGCGACAAAAAAAGAAACUACCUGGACGAGACGACUUCCCUUUUGUUUUGUUUUUUUAGAAGCGCUUACGAACUCAACCACAUAUCAAAUGGCGCAUAAGAAAGGAGUUUAAUGCUUUCUUUAACUUAAUGAAUGAUUUAGGUGCACACCAUGGCUAUGGAUUUCCUUUAAAAAGAACAAAAAACAACCUGUCUACUUGCUGUGGUUUCACUUGUUUCUUUUUCUAAAUUGUUAAUUUUCUUUCCGUCUGCCUCAAUGACAUGUUGUGGCUCAAACAGCAGGUUUUUUUCUUUCUCUCUCGUCUAUUUGGACUUGACAACAGGGUAAACUCUUUAUCCAAACGCAGAGGGAACUUUUUAGGUGCAGAUUCAGAGGUACUUUUUGUGCUGACACAUGCUGGACUGUUUGGACUGUUUGCAGUGACUCGUGGUUUCCUUCAUGUGCUGUUGAAGUGAAAGUGGUAUCCUCACAUGCUUGUUUGCAGCCUGCAGGAGUGGGUAUUUGAUGUGGUUUCAACCUUUCAAAAUUUUCUAAAGGAUUUUUCUGAAGAGUGCAACACUGAGGAGACGCAGGAGGUGAAUUGUUCUACAAAUCACCAGACUUUUAUAUCAGAGUAGCAAUAUUCCCCGUCUUGUGUUCACUCCAGGAAAUGGAGAACAGUUAUUUGGUUAUCGAGUAGAUUGUUGCAGCACUGUUGAAAGACUGUACUGAAUUUCAAGCCACCGCAAAUUGUUUUGCCAUCAUUUUGCCUAAAAUGUUGCACACAGUGUCUGUUUUGGUGCAUUAUUCAGCUGCAAAUACAAUUUUGAAGGGUGGAUCCAAGAAAGGUGUAGACGUAAUACUGCCUUAAAAUGUGUUUGAUUAAGUAUUGCCACUAUUUUAGGCACUUCAAUGGCAAUGCUAUAUGCGGUUCGUUUAAAGUGUGGACAAGCUCCCAUUUCUUUGUUCCCCUUGUAGUGUGAUGUGUUUUUAUCUGGAACUUGAGGUGGUGAAAGCCAGUGCACGGACAUGGUUUAAUGCCACGAGCGACACAGUCAGUGAAGAAGAGAUGGACUAAACAGAGCAAUAAUUACCAGGUAGAAAUGGUCCUCACCUGAGGUUUUUAAGGUGCUAGGUUUUAUCACGUGUGUGAUGUGCUGAGACAAACCCUUUGGAAAGAUUCAGUCACCGCCGGGAAGAGACAAAAUGUACCUCUUUGACCUAAAAGGGGUUUGGAAAAUGCUCGGAAAACUGCCGUGCCAAGUCAUCAAAUGAAAUAAUCAUGUCGUGUUUGGCCACUAUAACAUGCUAAACAUUUGAUGGAAAUCUAAUAUGGCAUGGAGAUGUUGAAUUGAGCGGCUGCAGAUAUAAAAGAGGCACCAUUCGAAACACUACAAAGGCGCCAAUUAGUCGUGCUGACAUCAUCUUCAGACGCCAACACACGGCCCACAAAUCAAAGAGCCCCUUCAGGGUUCGGGUCUGCAAAUGCAGGACCAAACGACGGAGCCUGAUUCAGACGCAGAACGUGCUGUUAAAUCCCACCACCCCGGCUCUGUAGGCAGCCAUGCAGCCCCCUUGUUUAUUCAUGCGUCUCCACCACUCAUCCCUCACAGGCGUAGAUGUGACGGAACAUGCAUUAAAGUGUCUCUUAAGAUUGCUCCUCUUUUCCUCCAUACGGCUUUGUAUGGAGAGCAGAAACGAGAGGGCUCUGCAGAAGAUGUGCUAAAAGCCAAUCAACCCAUUCGGUGCCAUCUGCCUCCACCUUAAAUGCAAAAAAAGAGAGUAUGCUUUAGUGCAGUCGUCUUUGAUAAGAAAAUGCAGCUAUUCAGCUGUCAUGUAAAGAGGAGUGGUGUUCACAGGGGAAAACCAUUUUAACUUCUUCCUUCACUGCUGCUGUUAGCUGAGAGAUAAAUCUAUAUUUUCGAAGCUAAAGUCAUCUCUUUUAACUUUCUUCAUCUCAAAUGCUUAGAAAAAGCAUAAGCAGUUCAGGAAUCAACCUUGAGCUCACUGACAGGCAGCGAAACCAUCAGCAGCUUUCUUCAUUCUCUCCAUUGUCUCUGCAUCCACAUUAAGCCAGCUACAUCAGAGAGCACAUCUUUUCCCCUCCGGUUUGGCCCUCUGUCCAGACUAAGCUGGUACGGAGGCUUUAGAGAGCGGUCUGCAGGGUGGAUAAAUCUGAAAGGCAAGGGACGCGAGGACGACGUAAGCCCGCAGAGACACUAUUGAGUGAAGUGUGUCACACGGGGGUAGCUGUGGUCCAUAAACGGAUGUGGACAGCGGACAUGCACGGCUGCAGAGACAGAUGUGUUCACGUAUGUUUGGCAGCACACACCGCCUGCACAUAUAGCCUGCACUCGUAAAUUCUGGGCGGCAUGCGGACAGUUCAGGCUGACCUCACGAACACAUGGAUGCAUGAAGUAUUAUUCGGGCGUAACUCCCUCUGUGAUCACUCGCUGUAAAUGUAGCUGAUCACACGUUACACGUUCUCAUCACAAAUCUGUAUUUAUAUUUAUUCUUCCUGACAACUUUGCAACCUUUCCAACCAACAUAAUCAGUUACUCAGUUACAAUUACUGACUAUUAUUUUCUCAAUGUAUCGGCCUAUAAAAUGUCAAAAGAUAGUGAAAACUGCCCAUCACAUUUUUUAUUUAAAUGCAGAGAUAUUCAGUCAACUGUCAUAGACCACUACAGAAACCAGGAAAUAUUCCCAUCUGAGAGGACACCUGUGAAGUAACUCCAACAGUUAGUCACUUAUAAAUUCCCUGUUAAUUUAUUCAUCAGCUAAUUUUUCUCCUGGAUUUCAUCGACACAGUUGUGUAGGAAUGACUGUCUGCCUUGUUCACAGGUAAUAUCGAUGAGCUGCUUGUUCCACCGUCUGACACAGGAAACAGAAAAAAGUAAAUGAGGACGACUAACUGUUGACUCUAUUAAACACUGCAUGAUCACAGACACACGAUGUUGAAUUGGUUGAGACUCAGCACACUAACCAGGCUCUGUCUGUGCCGCGGCUGGUCACCAACAGGAAGACAGAAGAAGACGAAAUGUAGCUGCCGUCCAGCUGCUUUGUGAAUGAAAACGACCUGAGAAAGCUGAUGUGGAUGCAUGUUAAUCUCAGACAAACUGUUUUCACAAUCAUCCCACUCAGUCUGGAUGUACACUUAGAUCCAUUUUCACUGUGGGACUCACCUUUGUGAGGAGACACCGGGAAUUAUCCCUGACCAGCUCCGAGCCCAUGUCACACACACCCUCCCUUUAUCCAUACAGCAGAGCUCAGCAACUGGGCCGCGGCCAGACCUUUGAAUUGAAUAGCGGCAUAAAUUCAUUCAGUCAGCACAAACCUCCCCAGUUCACAGGCAGCACUCUCUCUCAGCCCCACUCCCUGCUCUGAUUUUCACAACCGGGCCCCCGGAGACCUCUCACACCCCAGGGUAGAAUGCCUCUGUCCCCUUUUUCCUGUGCUGGGGAAACAGCAGUUUGAGCCGAAUUGAGAUUAAGGCCAGGAAACAAUCAAUUCACUGUCCAAUUCACCUGUAACCUUCACCAACGAAAGUCACUUUACUCUCUGUUUCAACUCGUUUCAUUCACAUUUUAAACUUCAGGUUGCUCAACUCUGGACAAAAAAAAAAAAAAAAAAAAAAAAAAAAGUUUUGUUGUGACUCUUUCAGCAAAACACAAAAAGAAUAAAACAUGUUUUAAAAAAAAGACAAAAAACAGAACCCUGUAGGAUGUAGAGGAUUGGCUGGAAUCAGGAAUCGCAGAUAGAGUAUGAAGUUAUUUUUCACAUCUUGUGGUUCAGCAGUUGGAAAUUAGUUUCACCGCUUUGGCGAGGUGGUGGAUAAUUCCAAAGAGUGCAGCACUGUUGAUUGUGUCAGAAAGAGCCGAGAUCUGAGGGAAUCUUUGUAUAUGUUCUAAUUGUAAAACUUGUACAUUUUAUUUAUAUUGUUUUUUACACAUAUUACUCAGUAGAGAGCUCUGAAUACAUUGAAAAUGCACUAUAUUUUUCUAUCUCGCAGAUGAAUUAUUGUCACCCACAAGAUUUCAGUUGUACAUAAUUUUUCAUUUAGGACCAAAGACAGCUGAUAGGAUUUCCAUCUUUACUUUGACGUUGUUUUGAUUUGCCUUUCAGUUUGUUGUACAGUAAUACAAAUUGUCAAUUUAUUAUUUAUUUUUCUGUGAUGAAAGUAUUGAGAAUAUUCACUGGUCAAAAGUAUUUUCCCCAAGAGCAGAACUGUAAAAUCAUUUAAUUAGACAAUUUCUUGUUACAUAGACAAUUCUUUUUGCUUUAUAACCUUUG